UUUUAUAAUUAAUGCGAGAUUUAACUGGGAGCCAAUGCAGUAUUGAUAAUAUCGGUGUGAUAUGGUCGUAUCUUCUAGUUCUAGUUAGGACUCUAGCAGCUGCAUUCUGGACUAAUUGGAGCUUAUUUAUAUUCCUACUGGAACAUCCAGACAGUGAGGCAUUACAAUAAUCUAAUCUAGUGGUGACGAAUGCAUGAACUAGUAUUUCCGCAUCAUGUAGUGACAAUAUGUUUCUUAUUUUAGAAAUAUUUCUAAGAUGAAAGAAGGUUCAUCUUCCUCAUAUAACUACUUUGAACAAGAGAACUAGUCUGUAAUAACAGGGACUAUUUUAAAAACAUGUUGCAUUACAUUCAUCUUGUGCUCUAAAAACAUUCACAUAAGAAUGAUGUAAAUGUGGAUGAAGUGCGCGUCUUGUUAUCCACUUCAUUGUUAAAUCUCCGGCUCUCGGCCCCUCACUGAACAGAACAGACGCAUAGAGAGGAAUGAUGAGGAAAACACCCAUUCCUAUUGAGAGGCCAACAUUGAGGUCCGAUAUGGGCAUGUUUACUGGGAGAGACCACAGGAGAACUACUCUGUCGUGAUAACUCACUCCCACAAUGGGUGUAAAUGGGUAUUUAAAGUGAAACUAAAUCUGUAUUCCUCACUGUAUUCCUUCCUUCAAUCUCGCCUGCGUCCAUCUGGUCUCUCAUUUUCAUUACCCAACACCACAGGUCUGAUUUUUUCAGUCACUGCCCUUUUGCUGUUCUACCAUGGAUACGGCUUAUGAACUGUGUAAUGAGCUAUUCAAUUGGGUUGAUAAGCAGGAGCAAUGUGCAGAACAUCUCAGGAAUCUAGCAGAUGAACUGGGGGAGAUUAUUAAGGCAAAGAGCAAACGGCAGUUGCUGAAAAACACAGUAAAUGUGAUUACUUCCUUCGGCAUGCUUGCUACAGGCAUUGCAUUGCUGCCACUUCUGCCUACAAAUUUUGUUGGUGUUGGUGUUGGUGUUUGCUUCAUGCUAACUGGAUUUGGUUCAAGUGGAUUGAGUACUCUGACUCCUCUUACACACAAAAUUGUGAAGAAAUGGAAGUCCAGUAAAGCAAUUGAAAAUGCAGAGAAGACAGCUGAUGAAAUUAAAAAGAUUCUGAACAAUAUUGAGAGGCUCCAGAAGAAGCUGACAGAGGAGUGUGAGAUUCAAGGCCUUAAGGCCUCAUCCUCCGAUGAAGUACAGUGUGAAAUCACAGCAAGGAUGCUGAAAGCCAUUGCCAAACGGAUGAAGAAAGAUCUGCCUCUCAAUUGCCUUAAGCACCUCUUGAGGAAUGAAGACAUAGCUUCAGAGAUUCAUUUAGACAAAACCUUCUACCGAAAUGUCAGUGUUUUGCUAACAGUUAUUGGAUAUUCUUUCUUCUCUCUGAAAACAAUAACACAAACAGACCAGGUCACAGAAGGAGUCCUUAGGCUGGUGUUGACACUUCCGGAUUUGCUUAAUAACUGUGAAAAACUGAUUAAAAACAAACAUCAACCGGAAGCUAUCAACUUACUGAAGACAAAAGCUGAAGAAAUUUGUGACGCUGUGAUGAAUUUAAGGAAACCACUGAAUGAGAUACAAGAGAUAUUACUUCAAAUGGAAUGUGACAUCAAGAUAGUUGGUUCUCAAAUCUACAAAGGCACCAUUCACAUAAAAUACAAGGUCAAAUACCAGAUAGAGGAAUUUAUUGUCAUAUGUUCAGAAGACAUAGGACAGAAGGACAUAGGAGCAACCUGUUUCACAGGCAAACGCAAAUUAAAUUGGAAAAAAGAGUCACAGGAGCCCACUAUAUCAGAAGACAGUACUUCUGAUGUAGAAGAUAAGAGGAAGAAACUUACAUCUGAGCUGGAACCAUCAGUUCUCCAGUCUACUAUAGAAAUAAAGGAAUUGAAGUACAGACUGCCACAGAUAACCUUAUCCAACGUGCGCUCACUUCCAAACAAAAUGGACGAGCUCAAAGAAUUGUUGAUGAUAACUCAAGAUAAUUUUUUUUUUAAUACGAGUGAUCUGAUUUUCUUCACAGAGACAUGGUUAAAGGAAAACUCAUGUGAUGUCACCUUGACAGACUUUGAGUAUGAUCAUCGCAGGUUAGACCGUAAUAAGGAGAAAACUAAGAAAAGUAAAGGAGGGGGACUGAUAACAUAUAUAAAAAUGAACUGGGCAGACUACUUUGAAAUGGAAGCCAUUAAUACACCAAACUAUGAGUUACUGAGUUUAUUCAUUAAACCAAUGGACCACCCUGAGGAUAGUCCAGCAUUGAUCUUCAUCUUUGUGUAUAUCCCUGGGCGUAAAGAUAUAAAAGAUACCAGAAAAACGAUACAUGAACAUUACGAAACUGCUGAGAUUAAUAAUCAUGGUCCUGUUUUCUUAUUGGGUGAUUUCAACAAGUGCAAUGUCACUCUUAAACUGGAGCAAUAUGUCAAAUGUCCAACCAGAGGUACGAAAACACUUGAUUUGUGCUAUGGGAAUGUGCCAGGGGCUUAUAGAUGUGUAUGCAGUAGACCACUUGGCAAGUCAGACCAUAACGUAAUUCAUUUGCUUCCCAAAGACAAUCCCAAGUCAGAUUGCAAAGAUGAUGUAGAAUGUACACAUAAGGAUGUUAAAGACAGCGAGGAAGAAAGAGCAAGAAUAGCGCAAGAAUAGCGCAAGAAAGAGCAGAAAGAGAAACCCAGAGAGCAACAGAAGUCCGCCUUAGGAUGAGACGUUAAACCAGUGUCCUGACACCCUGUGGUCAAUAAAAGUCCCAGGACACUUCUCAUAAACUACUAGGGCUAUAACCCCAGUGAACAACCCUUAUACACAUUUUCCUAUUGACAAACUUCAGAUAUAAGCUG